AGUAGGCAACCGCUUGGCUGGAAGAUGUUGACUCUACUCAAGAUACAUGUGAACUCGCUUUCCACGCCCCCUCUCCGCACCCAUUCAAGUUCGUUAAGAAGGCAAGUUUCCAAUUUCUUCCCUCGUUAUUCACAUUAGAAUUUAGAAACCAACAACGAAAUUUAUAAGCAAAAACAAGAGAAGGCAGAAAAGCAAAUGAAAGUAAAACAGAGAUACGUAAAUGAAUAGGGAGUUUUCAGAACAAAGCUUUGGUUAGAGAAAACAUCCAAUGGAUCAUAUGAUAUGAUUUCUAACGUUGGUUGCAAGGUUUGUUUGAUAAUAAGAUUCAUAAAAACCAUAGGGCAUGGAGAAGGGAGAGAGUAGGAGAUUGUUGACUGUUUCUGUCUUUGGAAGAGAAAGUAUUUGAGAUAUUGAGUGGCCACUGGAAAAAGGGAGAGCUUCCCAACCUAAAGGAUCUUAUAUGGGUUUUGAAGGUGAAAUCUUUGUUUUAUGUCCUGUUUUUCUUCUCCCCCUUCCCUUCUUAUCUUUAGAGAAAUAGAACAAGAUUUUGAGUGGCGAAGAAUAAUGCCGACAUGAUUGAGAUGUUGACCUUAACUAAAUGAACAAAAUUCUUCCAUGGACACUAGUAUGCUGGAAGGCCACUUUGUACACGUGUGUGUGGGUCUACCAUCUCACCUAACUGUCCGUGUUCCAUUCCAAUCCCCACCCCCCUACCUUCACACGCACAAUCCAUCUUUCUGAUUUCACCACAUUCAACACCCUCUGAUCUUAAUCGGACGCUUCAAAAUUCUUGUCACGAGAUCAAGUGUAGACCUAUCUGCGCAUGGUUGUUCUUCUUCCUUGUCUAUAUUCUUAAAUUGACUGAUGAAUAAAACCCUUUGCACCAACGCUGCUUGUUUUUGCAAUUUGCCUGUCAUAGCUAAAGCCUCAGUCAUUCCUGUUGAGUUCAUGAUGAAACAUCAAUGGUGGGGUCGUCAUCUCUGCCCCAACAAACAAUGAAAUCAUUUCCACACUGUCUGUCUAUCCAAAUUCUUCAAAGGAUUGCAGAAAAUGUUUCCAAUGAAGGAUUAUGACGCCAGUCCCAUCUCAAUUUUUUGGUAACCCAAAAUGAUAAUGAUCAAAAUCAGCUUAAAAUCUUGAAAAUGUUGUGUUAAAUCGGGUCCAUUCAAAGAGAAAAUUUGUAUAAAAUACAUAUGAAUAUGAUAUAAGAAAGGGAAAAGAAUGUGAAUUUCAAAUUAGUUGAACAAUGGCAGUAGACUUGGACUUUAAACAUUAAAGACUUGAAAAAGAUUUUACUCCACGGGGCAUAAAUCCUUAGCUCAGAGAUAGAGCCUUAGACCAAUUCUUUGAAUGACAUAAUUUCCUUGCCAAGAUAGCAUUGUUGAAACAACGUUUCAAACGAAAACAAUAAACUAAAUGAAGUCUUAACUCUAAAAUGAAAAAAAUUUAACUUGCGUGCAAAAAGAGAAGAUAGGUUAUUCCCGGUAACAGUGAAAGGAUAUAAGUGUUUGGUUAUAUAUUCCAAUCCCAACUUUCUAAGAUGCCUCUUGAAAUGAAUGCACAUCUUUCCGUGUGUAUAUGAACAUGACUCACUUUUUCUUUUUGCCGCUAGGCCCUCUUAUUGGCAGAACUAGUCACAUAGAAAGACAUAUACCCAAAGAAUAAAGCCAUUCCAUCUGCCUGUUGUGGGCAAAUUUGGAUGUUUGUGAUCUAAUUUCUUUUGAUCAGCAGUUUCAGAAGGUGCUGGAUUUGAAAAGGACCCACCAACCCUUUUGACACAGACUGCUAAAUGUAUCAUCUCAUCUCCAUAGUGCCCCAAUGGCCACCACACCCUUUCUCUCUAUUGAAGAAUAAUGCAAAAAAGUAACCAAAUAUAUGUCGCAUGUUGUGCAAAAGACACGUUAAACCCAACUCCAGUUUGACAACAGUCUCCCUCCCUCCCUCUCUCUCUCUCUCUCUCUCUCUCCACUGCCUCCUAAUCUCCUUAUCCCCCCAUUCUUUCACAAAAAGUUUUGGUAAUACAUAAACAAACCAACCCAAGGUAGGAAAAAAAGAGAAUUUUUUUUCAGAUACUGAAUCAGAUCUUGUUAGCCUUUGGAGGGAGCUUAAUUACAAUCAUGGAAACUUAUCAGCAGCAAAAGAGCAGAGAGAAAGUUGUAGACAGGAAGCAUCAAGAAGGCAAGUUAAAACAUGAAACAAAAGAAGGGUCAGCCGAUAAGCAACAGUCAUCAAUAUCCCCUGCUUCACCUCCUUCAGCAUCCUCAUCUCCUUCUCAUGAAUUCUCCUUCACAAUCUCUCUCCACUCUUCCUCCAAUAUAGUCCCUGAUAGCAAAACCAAAAUCCCCCCUUCAAUCGCAAUUGAUUUGUCUCCAGCAGAUGACAUUUUCUUUCAUGGUCACUUGCUCCCUCUCCACCUCCUUUCUCACCUCCCAGUAUCUCCACGUUCCUCUACUAAUUCGUUGGACAGCUUUACCCUUCCCAUAAGAGAGUUAUUAGACGACCCAAAACCUGAUAAAACUAGCGGCAAUUAUAGCAGCAAAAGCGACAGCAAUAUCAGAAGCAGCAGCAACAAAAACCAUGACAGAGUUGGCAACCGUCAUCAUCAAAGCCACAACAUUGAAGCAAUAGGAAGGAACAAGUCCAAGUCUUUCUCCUUAUUUGGUUUAACUAGAUGGCAAAAAGGGCGUGUCGACAUUAGAGAAACAGAAGAAAAAGAGAAGCACAAGACAAAGACGAGAUUCGACGUAAGUCAUGUGUUAAAGAGGUACGUGAGGAUGGUUCGGCCAUUGUUGUUUUUCAGAGGAAGGAGAGAGAAUCUCCAUCCCCACAGGCAGUCUUAUUCAUUUUCAGGUAAUUUAAGUUUGAGAAACAAAAAGCAAGAGUUGAGAGGAAGGAGAGGAGAAUAUUCAGCUCCUGCUUCGAUGAGAACAUCUCCUACAAAUAGUGGUCUUCUUGUUGCAACCACAGGUUUUCCUUCUUCAACCAGUGACAGCACCAUGGAAGAGUUGCAGGCUGCAAUUCAAGCUGCAAUUGCUCAUUGCAAGAAUUCCAUUAGAGGGGAAGACAAACUUGAAUGCUAGGCCAAAUUUUGAUUAUUUUUCAUAUUUAUUCAACUUUUAUAAGUUAUAUUUUUCUGUGUAUAAAUGGUACGUACAAAGGAUUAUGACAUUAGUUUGACAAAAAAAAUGAAGAUUGCUUUAAUAAAUUUCUACAUGUUAAAAUGAAAAACUGGUUCUGAAUUUUCUUACCUUUAGUUGCAGAGUAUGUCAUACUCUGGUGACAAGUAAGAUUUUGAAUGUCAAAGAUUUUGAGGAUUCAAAAAUCUGUUCACAUGAUUGCAUUAAAUUAACAAUGAAAGUUGUUCAAUUCCAGUAUGUUAAAUAUGAGAUGGCAUUUAUAUUAAUGUAUUGAAUUUCUUAAU